UUUGUUGCAUUGUUUUGGUUUGGAAUCGUCGCCGCUGAGGUGGUAAAGAACUCUAAAAAGAAUUUAGCCGCUUUUGCCGGUGAAACGCUGGUCAAAAUCUCAAACUGCUUCCGCCUGCUGCAUGGCCAACUACAAAAUGCCGAGCUGCAGGUCAUUGAGAUGCUGCGCGAGGCCAGUCUGCCGCAGCAGAUGCAACUGGAUAUGGCAAUGAGCCAGUUAAAUGGCUAUGCGACAGUCCUAAAGAGCCUAAAACAAAUGCUGCAAAGCGGCUGCGAGGUGCCGCAGGACAUUUGGCUAAAGGAUGUUAUUUGCCUAGCAAACGAGCACAUGGAGAAGAUGCCGACCCAAGUGCACGUUACCAAGUCUUCUAACAACCCCUAUCAGUUUCGCUGCACCAUGGAUAAUAUAUCGACGAUUUUUGAGACACAUUUCGAGUGCAAAUUUGUUGAUCCCCAAAUUGAGGUUCGGUUCUACAAUGAGUACGAUCGCCAAAGCGUUAUUCUUGACUAUAAUUCUGCGCUGAGCUCCUUCGGCAACAACUGCUGGCCGGGCCAAAGAACAAAAACCAUUUCUGCUCGCGGCAAGCAGCAAAUGCGUGUUCCCCCAAACAACAUCAAGGAAAGCAUUAGCUUAAUGAACAUCAGUUGGGGCAGCGAGCGUAACGCACAACAGCCUGAAUUUGUGCAGACAUUCUCUGGGAUAGACAUUAGCCGAGGCAACGAAUCCGCAGCCAAUGCUAUGGCUGUGGCCCGCCACCACGUGGGCGAUUGGUUUCGCACAGAUGCACAUGUUUACGUGCGUACAAUCAAAUCCCCAGAGGAUUUCUAUGUGCAGUGCAUUAGAGCGGCACAUUGCAUACGGGAGCAAUUGGCGGCAUUUGCCCAAUCGGACGCCUGCCGGCCACCCAGCGUCAUUGUUGUGGGACAGCAGUAUAUCACAUGCCACAGCCAUUCGGAAAUGCAUCGCGCCCUGGUUAGCCAGAAGGCCGAUCAGCGCGAUAAUUAUCAUGUUUUCUUGCCGGACAUCGGCCUCAACUGUGAGGUGCACUAUAGCAAAUUCCUUGAGCUGCCCGAAUGUCUGGCGAAUCUGCCAUUUGCCGCAGUCCACUGCAGCCUGAAGCAGCUGAUGCCCAGCGAUGGUUGCGAUUGGAAGCCAGAGGCUGGCGCCUUUCUUAAGCAGCUUGUGAAAAACUUUCCUGUGCAGAUCACCGUGCUGCGCAUCUUGGGGCCAGAGCUCUACGAGAUCGAUCUCAUAACCAAAAAUUACGAGUCCAAAAUUUCGGUGCGCGAAUCUUUUUUAUACACUGGCCUGGCGCGUGCAUCCGAAGACUAUGCCACUGCACUGAUUCCGAGGCCGCUGCCACUGAUUGCGUUGCAGUCGCAAAGAUUGCCCCAAUUUCUGCCCCGUGUGGGAGAUGUGCUGAAAGUCCAAAUGCUGCACAUCCAGCAUCCGCAGGAGUUUUAUGUAAUGCCGCACGAACUGGAAAGGAAACGUUGUGAAAUGCAGCAAAAGCUGCAAUGUUUCAUGGAUCGCAUGAGUCUUACCCGACUUGAGCCCAUCUAUUUGGGUCGUCUUCAUCUCGGUUGCGUGGUACAAUUGGAUGGUGAAUGGCAUCGUGGCUGUAUAGUGGAAAUGCUGCCCAAAGGGUUCGUGGCUGUGCGUCUGGUGGACAUCGGCGUCUCGCAUAAACUCUAUUGGGGUAAUCUCUUUGUGCUUCCGAAAGAAUUUUGGUGUAAGGAGCUGGCUAUUAAGUGUCGUCUCGCAGAUGUGGAGACAUUGCAGGAGCAUAACUAUACCUGGACACCCUCUGCAAUUGCUGCCUUCAAGCAGAUAACCUCCAAUCCCCAGCUGCAAUUGGAGGUGACAUUUAUGGCCGACGAGGUGACCCAUGUCGCCUUACACCAUACGCGUUCCUCCGGCGGCGACAGCAUCAACGUGGCCGCUGUGCUAAUUGACCAAAACCAUUGCCAGUCCAACGGGGAAAGCAGCAAAGUUCGGCAGCCAUUACUGCAGCGGCAGUCGCAGCUGGAUGCGGACAUGCUCAAUUUGAUACAGCAGUCCAAGGGGUAUCUGGAGCAGCCCUUGCCUGUCAAGACUGAUAGUAAAUUGAAUCGAUCGGCCAUUCAGGUGCUCCACGUGCAGCAUCCAAACGAAUUCUAUGUGACCCUAGCGCACUUUAUGCCCGCCAUUGCUGAUCUGAGGCAGACAGUGCAGGCAGCUGCCGAAGAGAUGUACGAGAUGUGUAGCCCGAAGACUGUCUGGCAGCCAGGCGAGAUGUGCUACGUCAACACUAGGGCUUAUGCGGAUUUCGAGCCUCUCUGGCAUCGCGGUGAGAUUGUUAGCUCCAACGGUGACGACUAUCUUAAAUACAAUGUUCGACUGCGCGAUAUUGGCGAGCUGGCAUUGGGCUUGCGCGGCAGCAGUCUGGUCAUCAUGGAUGAGCAUCUGGGUCGGGUCAGCAACAGCGCCAUCCGCUGCGAUUUGUAUGGCAUUGCUCCCAAUGGCGACAAGUGGUCCCCUGAAGCUAUUGAGUUCUUCAAAACACAGCUGCAGGCAUAUAGCUCACUGAAAGUCUCGGGACAUGGACGUGAAGGCGACUCUUUGAUGGUCACCUUGUGGGGCGCCAGCACUGAGAUCUCGGGACCCUUCUCCCCAGCACGCAUCACGUAUACGAGCAUAAAUGCUGCACUAGUGCAAGCCGGCUGGGCCGUCAGCUAUCACAACAAGCAAUCACUAGAUAUAAGCUCCACAUUAACGGCAGGUACAGGCAGCAACGGCACGUUGUCCGAGGAUCCUAAUUCCGAUGACGAAAAAAUCCUCAUUGAGAAGUAUAACAAAUUUUCAGAAAGGAAUCGCUCGCAGCAGGAUGCAUUGCCAAACUUGGGUUUGGAGCACUAUGACGAAAUGCUACCGCCAGAAUUGCUAUAUGAUUUGAACAUAAGCGCAUUCAUUGGUUGCACGAAGGCACCGCCGGCCUGGCUGCAGCCACGUGAGUGCAACAAAUCGCUCUUUACCGCCAUGCCCACAUAUGUGAAUUACAACUGUGAGAUUUACCUAAGCCUGACAAGCGAUGCACCAUUUAUGCACAAAAUGCGCCGUUUGAUGUUAGAUCACUUCAAGCCGAUGCUGAAGCAUCUGGACCCGACCACAUAUGUGGUCGGUCAACCUGUUGUGGCCAUCUAUCACUUGGAUAAUUUUUUCUAUCGCGGCAUUGUGAUAAGCGAACAAAACGCUCUGGGAGAGCACAAGGUAUACUAUGUGGACUAUGGCAAUGAGGAAUUGGUGUUGCCAUCCGAAAUGGUACCCUUUGCGCCCUUUCCCCACGUAAAUGCCAUGUGCUGGCCGAUUACUAUCCAUGGUGUGCAGCCCAUACAAAACAAAUACACCUUGAAAGCAAUUGACAUUGUCCACAGAAGCGUGGUCAUGAAACUGAGCAACGUGCGUGUUGUGCAGGCCAAAGGAAUCAACGGAUUGCCACAAUGCCAAAUCAAGGUGUGCGACAUGGACAUAUCUACCAUGAUGGUGAACAACAAGUUGGCUGCACCCCUGCAGCAAAAGGAUGAGCAGCUUAUUAAACAGCAGAAGCGCGAAAAUGCACUGCAGAGCUUCAAGCUGUUCGAUGAGCUUCUUGAGUUGGGUAGGAUGAAGCCAAAGGCAAAAGUAGUUGCUGCCCAAAACAAUACGAUGGCUCAGCCACCGCCAGCGAAGAAGAAAUACUUGAUGAAUAGCAAAGAGAUGAAGAAAUACUUGAUGAAUAGCACAGCGAUGAUGCAACAGAUGGAGUACGAGGAAGAUUUUGAUUGUAAGGAUGCUGCAAAGCAGCAGCUACAAACGAGCGUUAAUUUUGAAAAUGAUGGCAGCGAUAAUGAUGAUGAAAACGAUAAUAAUGAGGAGGAGACUUUAGCCGAUGGCUUCUCCGAUGACAACACCAUUGAGAGCGAUGAGGGCAUUGCUAAUGAGGAUGAUGAGAACAUUACAGUUCCUGACCUAGAUCCAGCCCUGAAUCAGUUGCGUCAUAGUUUUCAGCUGCGUUGCAAGGAAAUGUCGGGUAGCGCUCAUUUCUCGCCGAUGGACACUUCCACGCAGCAUUCAUAUAAUGACAGCAUUGACGGGAUCAAGCCACAAUGUUUGCCCACUGGCGUCAAUAGCUUUCCGUGCAGCAUCGACAAAGUGCUGUCCGCCCUUGAACUCCAGAUAUCGCCACAAAUUACCGAGUUUUCGAAACAGAAAAUGGCUCUAGCCCGGGAGACAAGUGCACUGAUUACAGAUGCUGCCCAACUGGUACCUGUGCGAGUGGAUGCACUGUGCCUGGCACGUUACACCCUGGAUAAUAAAUGGUAUCGCGCUAUUGUCAAAGAGCUGCAUCAAAUCAACCAAAAGGCCACCGUAUGCUAUAUUGAUUUCCCAGAUAUCGAAAUGGUGCCCUAUGUGGAUCUCAAAGUAAUGCCCAAGCAGCUGUUCAUGUUUCCGCUGCGAUCCUUCCAUGUCAAGCUGCAUGGCGUCAAAUUGAACACAAAGUAUACAGACUCAUUUGCGCGCAGCAAGCUUCAGCAGUAUCUUUACCACUACCCCACAGUGUUUGCUUGCGUCCAUUAUCCACUUGUUCGUCACGGUAAUAUGUUUGAGAUCGAUUUAUUUGAGGAUAAAUACAAAAAGGAGCUAAUCUACCAGCCGUUAAUUGACUCGCGGAUAUAUUUACCGCACAAUUCUUAAAUACAUAUAUUAACUAAAUAUUUAUGAGAAGUCGUUAGAAUGGCGACAAGACUUUCAUUAUUUAAGCACCUUAUAUUAUUAAGAUGAAUACAUAUUGAUUAUGGAAUAAUGAAUAUCCACUUUUAUGUUUUUUUCGUACAUCUAUGAACAUGUAUUUCCAAAUUUAUGUUAUCACUUAUUUAAUCAAUAAAUACGUCAAAGAAUA